AUUCAAAUCUGAUCAUCUGGCAAGCAAGGGAGCAUUGUGUGGCGACUGUGUUGUAGUUAACAGACCAACUGAAGAGCCAGAGUCAUCUGUGUGAAAAAAUGGAGCCAUCUGAAGCAGAUGCAAUGAUCAAAAAGACACCACCUGUUGAAGAGGACCAUGGUGAGGAUAACAGAAAUGUCUCACUGCCCUCCUGUGCCUCCUCAACGUUUGCAUCAGCUGUUGCCACCUUUUUCAUCGGGCUGCUUUUUGGAGCAGCAGGAGGUCUGCUGCUGGGAACAACAGCAGUUGUUGUGGUUCAGUCCCUGGAGCUUCUGGCUGACAACAGGCUGCUCAUGGACCAGUUAGAAAACUACACGCAUGAUCCAAAAUUUACAAACUUUUUGUCAAAGCAAGAAAAUGAACAUUUGCAGUCAAAAACCUACAUUCAAAUGGGUCACAUUCACAUAUCCCUGUUCGCACUAUUGUUUGGCUUGUUUUCCUCAAUCAUUUCAUUACCUAUAGGAAUCUUCAUUGGUUUUUCAACAUCUGCUCUGGUGAUUAAAGUAAACGGUGAAGCAGCGAUGGGAAAGGCCCUAACUUUGGCUGGGACAGUGUGUCUGAGCAGUGUCACUGCUAUCGGAUACGCUCUGGGUUUGGCUUUCGAGAGUUUUCUAUCAAUCACUUUAAAUGGUAGGUUAUUCAUCUGGUUUCAUAUUUUAGCAAUGGCUGUCAUUGGAGCACUAGCAGCACUAGCAAUGGUUCUAUCAAUCAACCAGUUCAAAUUAAGUAAUUAUUUGUUGAAACUUAAAGAUUGGCUUUUGACACCUAUUGCUGCAUUCCCUAUUUUUGAUAACUGGAGGUUAAUUCUUGCAAACACAUUAUUUUGUAUAUAUCUAAGUCUAAAGAAUCUUCUAAAUUCAUUACUUCCCAAUCAAGCCACUGUAACUAUCCCACUAAUGUUGAUCAUAGCUACUGCCUUUAACAUGGCAGGGCAGCCAAUAAUAACCUUACAGUUGCCAACAUCCACAAAUUCAAGCAGUAUUCUACCUGAGGCCAUCUUUAUUGGCAUUCUAACUUCUCAGCUGUUGACCGUGACUGUAGGAAUGUCAUUAUUUUUGUUGUGGCACAAGAGCGGAGCAGGUAGAAUCUGUGUUACUACAGCUGGUUCUGGUGCUGCAGUUUUAAGUAUUAUAAAGUUGGCUCUACCUGCUCUGGGUCCAGGUCCUGCUAUAGGAGCAGUGAUGGGGGUGACAGGAGCAGUAGGGGUGUCACUUUCUGCAGCAGCAACAGCAACAGAUCGCUAUGGUAAAUUAAUAGAUGGAUAUGGAUUGGUAGGAAGGUUGGGAGUGGCAGUGGGAGCAGGUGUAGGAGCUUUUCUAACCUCAUGUGCCCACAGUGGGCUGUCAGGGGUGUUCAUGGGACUGUGUGCAGCUACAAUUCCUGUUGGACUCUAUCUUAAACAGGUGUUUUUUUUCCUCCUGCAUAAAUGUCAGAGUCCUCAACGCAUAUGUGAAAUGUCUAUCUUUUUAUAUCUGUUUUGCCGCCUUAUCUUCGUUAUAGUCUACACCUUCACCCAUAAGUCAUUGUGUCCAUUUACCCGCAGAGUACAGUCAGUUACAUUCUUAUUAUUGUGUGUCAGUAUUAUUCCUGUUGGAUUCUGUCUGCAAUGCCUGAACUCACGUUUUUACUUAAUAGUAAUGGUUCUUGCAUCUUGGGCACUCCUGAUACCACUUGACACCAGUAUUUAUGACUUGGUGUUUGACGUAGAUUUGAUAGGAGCUUUUUAUGGCCCUGCAGUGAUGUAUCCAUCACUACUUUUUGUAACUGUAAUGAUGACCUCCUCAUUGUCAUUUAUGAAAUACAGAGGUGCUGCUAUUGCUGGUGUUAUCAUGUAAUAAUCAUAUAAGUUUGGUCAUUAUAACAGCCUCCCCCUUACAUAGAUGUUUUAAUAAUUGUUUUUUUGUUGAUGUGCUCUGUUUCAAUCUGCAUCUUCUCCACUCCUGUCAGUCCUGGGGGACACAGAGAUUCCUACAGACAUUUCCCCCAUAGACUUCAUAUCGAAAAUGGACAGUUUCCUCUGUAAAGUUAGUCAGGAAGUAGGACUAUGUUCAAUACCAAGGGGUGACUCUGCUGGUCUCAAACAUAACUCCAUUUGAAUGGAAUACUCUGGGAAAAUGAGCCUAAUUCUCACUUGAUUUAUAACUUUAUAACAUUAGUUACAUUAGACUUAAUAUAUUCAGGUCUUUUGGGAAAUUAUGUUCCCAUCAUUUUUUAUAUAAAUAUAUAUACAUACAUACAACAACUUUAUGGUAUCUUUACUUUUUAUUUUAAACACAACUUUAUGGUAUCCAGCUUUUCUGAGACUGUAGUUAAGGAGCCAAAAACAGCGUUGAUGGAGGCACAUUCAUGGUUGUUGCAUACAUUUUUAUGACAUAACAUAAUUGAUAGAAUUAGGAGGCAAAGGAGGCAAGAGUUUACUCUGCAUGGCUGCUGACCUUUACUGUUACUUAUGUUACAUACUUACAUUAGAAAUUAUGGGCAGAUCAGACACUGGUGAGCAUCCUUUAAGUCUGAUAAAUUAUACAGAUCCGGCUUCAAAGCCAAAUUGCUAUGUCUAGCAGAUCUGAAUGAGCUUUCCUUCUGAACAACUGCAAAGUCCUCAGGUGCCUGCGUAAAGUCGACAAACUAAUGGUAAUACCAUCUAUAUGACGUAAGGACAGGACUAUCUUCCAGUGUCUUAAACCCAGAUCAAAGUAAAACUUGAGUAAACUAAACAAGCCGUCCAUGUUGUUAUAAAUCAAACUCUCAAUAAAGGAAUGAAUGUGUUUGUUUCAAAUGCGCUCUAAACUCAGAAAAAAAAAUAAAAACAAACCAACAUUUUUUUCAAGUGAAUUCAAUGCGCUUCCGUACCCGUCUUAUCUUUUGAACAUUUAAUAAACAUAUAAAUACUGUAUAUUUAAAAAACAAACAAAUCAUGA